CUAGUUUUGAAUUUUGCAACAUUUGAAUCAACUCAAUUAUCUUUGUCAUCAUAAUGGGAAAAAUCAGAAAGAAGUUCAAGACCGGUAAUGCAAAGAACUUUGUUACUCGAACUCAAGCUAUUAAGAAGCUUCAAGUCUCAUUAGCAGAUUUCCGAAGAUUAUGUAUUUUUAAAGGUAUUUAUCCAAGAGAACCUCGUAACAAAAGAAAAGCUAAUAAAGGCUCAACCAAACCUGUCACAUUUUAUUAUUCUAAAGAUAUUCAAUAUCUCUUACAUGAACCAGUGUUAGCAAAAUUUAGAAAUCACAAAACAUUUUCUAAAAAGCUAUCUAGGGCAAUUACAAGAGGUGAAAUAAGUGAUGCUAAAAGAUUGAACGAUAACAAGCCAAAAUAUAAACUAGACCACAUAAUAAAAGAAAGAUAUCCAACUUUUCUUGAUGCUUUAAGAGACUUGGAUGAUCCUCUAAACAUGCUCUUUUUGUUUGCUAAUAUGCCACCAACUAAUAAAGUAACUAAUCAAAUAAUCAAUAAUUGUGAAACAAUUUGUAAUCAAUGGCUUACAUUUGUUGCAAGAGAAAGAUGCUUGAAAAAAGUAUUUGUUUCAAUUAAAGGUAUAUAUUAUCAAGCAAACAUAAAAGGACAAAACAUCUUAUGGUUAUCCCCAUAUAAGUUUCCUCAAAAUAUACCUUCUGAUAUUGAUUUUCGAAUUAUGUCAACAUUUUUAGAAUUCUACAUCACUUUAUUGAAUUUUAUAUUGUUUAAACUUUAUACAGACAAUGGUUUGGUUUUUCCUCCAAAAUUAGAUGGUUUCAAAACAAAAACAAUUGGUGGAUUAUCAUCAUUCAUCUUGGAAUUAGAAAAUCCAAUUCCAAAAUCCAAUUCUAAUAUAACCGAAGAAUCCAACGAUAAGCCGAAUAACACUGAAGAAGCCGAAGAAGCCGAAGAAGCCGAACCAGAUCCUGAUAGAUUGGACACUUUUGAACCUGUUAAAGAAGGUGGAGAUACAUUGAUUCAACCAUCCAAUUCUGGUGAUGCAUUAUCAAAUUUAUUUGAGAAUAAAAUAUUUUUUGUAGGAAGAGAGGUUCCCAUUGAUGUUUUAGAGUUUUUAAUUCUAUCCUGUGGAGGAAAAAUCGUAUCUGAAAUUGUCUACAAUCAGUUAUCUGAAAAAGAUAAAAAGAACUUGGAAAUCAAUCAAAAAAUUACUCAUCAAAUUGUUGACAGACCAGUAUUUAAUAAAGUCAUUGGAAGAACAUAUAUACAACCACAAUGGGUCUUUGAUUCCAUCAAUAAAAGUAAAUUAUUGCCAGUAAGUGAUUAUGCACCCGGUGAGACAUUGCCACCUCAUUUAUCGCCAUGGGGUGAUUCUGCUGGAUAUAAUCCAGAAAACCCUCUAGAUGGAGAUGAAAGUAAAAAUAUAGAUGAAGCUGCUGAAGAAUCAGAAUCAAAAUCAGAAGAUGAGAUUGAAGCUGAAGAAGAUUCAAAGAAGAUUAACGGAAAGGAAUCGAAAAAAAAUCAAGUUGUUGAGGAAGACGACAAUGAUGAAAGUGAAAGCGAAGAUGACGAUGAGAGUGAUGAUGAAGAGUUGGCACAACAAAAGGAAUUAGAGUUGGAAUUGAAAGGGGUGAAAUAUUCAGAUGCUAAAAGCUUGCAACAGGAACAAGGAAAGAAGAAACAACAAAACUCGAGAAAAAGAAAAUUAUCUGUUUCGCAAAGCAAAGAAGAUAAAGAAGGCAAGGAAUUGGCUAAAAUAAUGAUGUCCAGAAAGCAUAGAAAACUAUAUGACAAAAUGCAUUACAGCAAUGAGAAAAAGGAAUCUAAAAAAUCUAUUUUGCAGCAAAAGAAGAAGAAGCUUGAAAAAAAAAAGCAGAAAUUGACAAAAUUAAAAAAAUAACUUUGGUUAAUGAAAAAAGUCUAUCACUAGAAUAGUUACAAAUCUCAUUAAACUGAUAUAUAAUUUAGUAAAUAUUUAUGGUAAUUCAAAUUUGUAUCAAAAAAGAAACUUUGUACUUUUCAAUUAAAUUAUUUAUAUAAACCAAACAAUUAAAAAAUAGUAAAUUGAUUUUAUCAUCCUUAAUUGUGUCUUUGAUUUUGU